AUGGGAUUCGACCGGACGGAUAUUGUUCCCUCACAUACCGGGGACCAUGUCCUACCCCUUUCUCCGUUCUUCUCGAAAUUGCUUCGACAUGCGCAUCGUAAAUCGCAGCGAAUUGCUAUAAGGGAUGUUAAUCUCCAAAUCGAAAAAUCAUAUAUAGAAUUCCUCAGUGACGUUCUUGCAGUUCGGAAUGCUCUUCGGUUGAGCCUGUCACCAGAAACCCAGUGGUCAUUGAGACGUUGUGAAAAUACAUACAUUGCUCUCAUCGCCGCUGGCGGGUACGAGUAUGCUGUGGGCUUUGUUGCGAUAUGUGCUCUCGGAGCUGUGGUAGUGCCGAUAACCGUUCUACUCCCAGUCAAAGAAGCAUCUUAUUUUGUGCUCAAAGCUAAAUGCGCCGCCAUUCUAUCUUCUUCCGACGGGGGGAAGUUGGCAGACCUUCUAGCCGCUCAUCUUGAAAAGACCACGUCGGAAAAUAUUGGCUGCGUUCAUAUUGCGAGACACUUUAUGACAUGUCCAUUGCCGCAAGGUGAUAUCGUUCUUUCGUCUGAUAAGUAUCUUGACGACAAUGGGCCUGGGGUGGUUAUUUUCACCUCGGGAACAACGGGGCCUCCAAAAGGUGCUGUGAUGAGGAGAGCAUAUCUACAUGAUACCUCGGCAGCAGUUUCUGACCAUUUUGGCGUCACCGAGAAAGAUGUGAUUCUGCAUGUUCUCCCAGUCCACCAUGCAACUGGAAUUGGUAUUAACUUCCUCCCUUACAUCUACUCGGGUGCCUGCGUUGAAUUUAGGAGUGGCAGUUUCGACGUGGUUUGGAUGUGGGAGCGCUGGAAGAAAGGCGGCUUGCAUAUAUUCUCUGGAGUACCAACUAUCUACAUGAGAAUGAUGCGAUAUUUUGAACGAACCAUUGCCCCUCUACCACCUCACGAGGUAUACCAGUAUAUUGCAGGUGCGCGGCAAUUCCGCGCAAUGCUUUGUGGAACGUCUGCACUCCCAACUCCCGUUCAGCAAUUUUGGUCAAAGAUACUCGGUGGCAGGACCAUUUUGUCAAGAUAUGGCGCUUCUGAAAUUGGUCCGGUGUUUACCCCUUCUGUCGAAUCCGAUCCUGUUCCUCCUGGAAGUGUGGGGUCGGUGUUUCCUGGAACUACCGUGAAACUUUCCGAUGGAGAAGAGGGAGAAGUGUUAAUAAAGGGGCCGUACAUGUUUUCAAAGUACCUUUACGACGAAGUCGCUACUGUUGAAGCCCACGAUGCAGACGGGUUCUUCAAAACCGGAGACGUGGCUCGUCGUGAAGGAAACUAUUACUUCAUCCUCGGCCGCGCCUCUCUCGAUAUCCUCAAAUCUGGCGGCUACAAAAUUUCCGCACUGGAUAUUGAGCGCGAGAUUCUCGGCCUCCCGUAUGUUUCCGAGGUGAUGGUUGUUGGUGUUGCUGACGAUGAAUUCGGCCAGCGAGUCGCUGCCGUGGUCAGCCUGCGAGAUGAUCAGACUAUGUACAGAUGUGCGGAAAAUGGAUGGGUAGGGAAAGAUUUUACUCUGGAUGUUUUGCGUAGAGACCUAAGAAAGAAGCUGGCCGCGUAUAAGAUGCCAACAUUGCUUAGAGUGGUCGAGGGCGAGCUGCCUAAAAGCGGGACAGGGAAGGUUGUGAAAAAGGAGCUUGGCCCCAAAUUUUUUCCAGCGGAUUAUCACAGGGAAUUUGAGGUGCAGGUAUGGGAUUCCAAUAAGAAGGCGAAAAAGGUUUACUCGCAACUAUGA